AAAAAAUCCUCAGAAAUAGCCCAAUCCCCUCCGUCGAAUCUACAUAUAGAUGAAGAAGAUGUCCCUCUGUGUAUCCUUUGUGUUAAUAUCAGUGAAUCUGAGAUUUUAUUCCCAGCUAGUACGGUAACGUGUGCGCGCCGCAGUCCCUUGCUGCCUUUCAGUACGUUGUUUAAUCGGGAGCUGAGAAGGCUUCAUCCUCACCACUCGUCAUCCUCGCCGAGAGAGACGCCCAUUCGAAAGGGAUCCUCCUCCGAGCACGACUUCACUGUGCACACGCCAACAAAAUGGCACAGAAAAACACGGCGAGGAAUCGGAAAGAAAGAAAUAGCUGGGGAGGAUUUUCAGAGGGAAGCUUUAGCUGGACAUCGGAAGAUGACACUGUCCAGCAGGCUAGACCCGUUCAGAUUCUCGUUGUUAACGAUGAUCAUACUUUUGAACUGGAUGAAGUGGCUCUGAACAAAAUCCUUCUCUCAGAAGAGGUUAGGGAUCGAGAAGUGGUAGCCUUGUCCGUCGCUGGUGCCUUCAGGAAAGGAAAAUCAUUUCUCAUGGACUUCAUGCUGAGAUAUAUGUACAGCCAGGAUCCCACCAACUGGUUGGGUCACUUUGACGAGCCUUUGACUGGGUUUUCCUGGCGUGGGGGAUCAGAGCGAGAGACGACUGGUAUUCAGAUCUGGAGUGAAGUGUUUCUGGUAGACAAACCUAAUGGACAAAAGGUUGCUGUGCUGUUGAUGGACACCCAAGGGACAUUUGACAGUCAGUCAACUCUCAGAGACUCUGCCACAGUAUUUGCGCUCAGCACCAUGAUUAGUUCAAUGCAGGUGUAUAACUUGUCACAAAAUAUUCAAGAAGAUGAUCUGCAGCAUUUACAGCUCUUUACUGAAUAUGGACGACUUGCCAUGGAAGAAACAUUUCAGAAACCUUUUCAGUCUCUUAUAUUUCUAGUCCGUGAUUGGAGUUUUCCAUAUGAAUUCAACUAUGGUCUUAAUGGAGGAAUACAGUUCCUGGAGAAACGUCUUAAGAUUUCGGAAAACCAGCAUGAAGAACUACAGAAUGUCAGGAAGCACAUUUAUUCUUGCUUUACAAAUAUUUCCUGCUUCCUAAUGCCACACCCUGGCUUGAAGGUGGCUACCAAUCCCAACUUCGAUGGACGCCUAAAAGAGAUCGAUGAAGAGUUUAUAAAACAUCUGAAAGUUCUGGUUUCUUGGCUUCUUUGUCCUGAGAACCUUGAGCUGAAAGAAAUUAAUGGGAAUAAAAUUACUGGUCGAGGACUUGUUGAGUAUUUUAAGGCAUAUAUAAAGAUCUAUCAAGGGGAAGAACUGCCACAUCCCAAGUCUAUGUUGCAGGCCACAGCAGAAGCCAACAAUUUAGCAGCUGUAGCAUCAGCCAAGGACUUGUACAGUAAAAAAAUGGAGGAGAUUUGUGGAGGAGAUAGACCAUUUCUUGCACCCACUGACCUCCAGAACAAACACUUGGAGCUUCGAGAAGAAGCUGUCAAAUUAUUUCGUGGAGUUAAGAAGAUGGGUGGAGAGGAAUUCAGUCGCCGUUAUUUGCAACAACUGGAGAAUGAAGUUGACGAGUUAUACAUUAACUACAUCAAACACAAUGAUAGUAAAAAUAUAUUCCAUGCAGCACGUACACCUGCCACUUUGUUUGUGGUGAUAUUUAUUAUGUAUGUAAUAGCUGGAGUGACCGGAUUUAUUGGAGUGGACAUUAUAGCCAGCCUGUGCAAUAUGAUAAUGGGGUUGGCUCUGAUCACCCUGUGCACGUGGGCAUAUAUUAGAUACUCUGGAGAAUACAGAGAGCUUGGAGCUGUCAUAGAUCAAGUAGCAGGAGCCUUAUGGGACCAGGGAAGUACUAAUGAGGCUCUAUUCAGGCUAUACGAUGCGGCUACAAGUCACAGACACAUUUAUCACCACACCUUCCCUGCAGCACAGCCAGAAACCAGUGCAGACACCAGGAAGAAAAAAUGAUUCGACCAGAUUUCUCUGCGUAUAAUCACAAGGGAAAAUUGUCAUUAUUGUGCAUUCACAUGCCACUAAUCCAAGAAGUGCUAUAUAAAUGGAAAGCCAAUGAUAGCUUAAAACUAAAUGAAAUCAUAUAUCAACACUUGAACACUGUGCUGGCUUUCACUUAGUUAUGUUGCAAAUCGUACUGUAAAGAUGUGCUAGUUUGCAUGAUUUUUGUUAACUGUUGAUGAGUCAAAUGUUCUUCCAUCAAGAAUAUACAGUAAUUUCUUUUUAAAUCAUUUCAAAGAACAAUUGACAUUUCCAUUCAGCAGAACAUUUGUCUUCCGUAGGAACUUCCAUAUUCCAUUACAGCAUUGCAUAUUUAUUGAAUGUUUCAGGUUAAAACACAUCUUAAAAUGCAGGUUGUCUUUACAGUUAAAAGUUGCAAUGCAAUGUAUUUUAAAAUUCGUCAUUUGUGUUCAUGAAGACAGAUAUUUCUACAAAUGUACGAUAAAUUUGUUUCAUUUUAGGAUAGCUGUGCUUAACAGGUCCUUUUGGAUGUCCCAAUAUAAAACAAAAUGUCAAUUGCAAAUACAUCUGCUUCAAUUUAAGGCCAAAACUGGCAGUUGAACAAAAAUCAGAUCAAUAAGCUAUUGCUGCUUUUAGUGCAGAGCACAAAUACACUAUGUAUAAAAUCUAAGUCAAAUAGCUGCUCCAUUCUAAAACUAGUUCUUCCUUUCAUUCUGUAGAUAAUGGCUAUUGUGCAUAAAUGAAGCCCUAAUUUUACAGAGAGAAAAAUAAAAACUCAGAUCGUCUGAAGUAAAAAGGAAAUUGGUAUCGUAAAAUAUUUUUAAAUGAGGCAGAAACCCUGGCUAAAGUGCUUGUUAUUGUUACAAAGUUCACAUUCAGGGCAGUUUUAACGGAUGUAAUUAAAUGUUCAGCAUGAACAUGAAAUCAAAAUUAAAGAACAAUCUCCAGGUAAAGAGUUCUGCAGCCUGGUGCUGUUUAUUUUCUGGUCUGUUUAUUGCUACCAAAAAUCUUUGUGGAAUUUAACUUACAAAAUUUAAUAGAUCUUAGCAGAAAUUCACAAUGUCAAUUAGGUGAUUUCUAUACCAUAGUAAUAGCAAUCUCCAGUUAGGCAACACUUAAAAGCACCACCCACACCCUUGCCCAUCUAAAGCACAAAUAAUGAGGAAGUAUUUUUAUAACAAUCAACUAUUCAUAAUUAAAAGUUUCUUUCUCAUUUUAUUUGUGCUGUGCUUCCUUCAUGAGAUGUUAAUCUUGGCUGCAUGUUUGAUGGGGGGUGGGGAAUAAAACAUUAGAUAUAACUGUUCCAUCUUUCCCUUUUAAACUUUUAUAUUUAAUAUUUAUUCUUACACUUUAAUUACAUGCAGAAAAACUGUUCAUUUCAUUAUCUUAAGUAUUUUAUCUAUUCACUUCUGCUCUUGCACCCAUUAUAUCAUUUUGCCACUUCCUGCUUCAAUGCUGUUAUAAAUCACUGCAACACAAGAUUCAUGGGUAAUCAUUAUAGCAGCUGCAACUGCUAAAUGAAACUGAAGUUCCACAAGAGGCUACACAGAAUUGGAGGUAGAUGAGGGAGUCAUUUAGCAUUUCAUUCUUAAUCAGAGUUGAACUGCUGAAAAUUUGUUGUGUACUGUGCCAUUUUCACUGUUUAUUGAAUGUGAAAACUAAUUUUAAGUGUUAAACACUGAUUUACAAAUUAAAAAUGAAAGUUUUGUCCAAGCUUCAUAGAUUUAAACUAUUUGAUAUCACAUAUAAUACCCACUUAAAAAUGAUUGCACUGGGUUUUUUUUAUUAUAAGGGUUAAAUUACUUUAUGGUAGCAGACCCAACUCUGUGGAUAACACACGUCAGCUACUUUUAGUUUUUUUUUAUAUAUCGAUAAAUAGAUUCAAAUUUGGAAAUAAUUGUGCCUAAUUACUGAUGUCAAUGGCAAGAUAUAGGGAAAAAAUAAGUUUAUAACAAAUAUGAAUUGUUUGCAUUAUGGUUAUGACAACCUUUACAUAGUGGGAACUAAGAAAAACAUGAAAUGAUCAUGAAAGUUGUACCUCUUUUUCCUUGGGUCACAUUACAAGCUGGGUAGCCUCAUUGGCUCGAUGGGGCUCCAGAAAUUGCAAAUGUGCCAUAAAGCUUCGUGUCUUGUAGGAGCCAUGGGACCUAAUACUACUUCAUCCUCCUAACUUAAAUUUCAAAGAUGAUAUAACAGAAACAAUACCCUAUCUCAAGGCUGUAAGGAAAAAAGUAGAUCCCCAGACUUUUCUGGAAAAAAUGUACUUGGGAGCUCCAUCAAUGUUCCUUCCCAACUGAACAGGUCCAAUUUAAGUGGCAUUUCAAAUUCUUAUCUGGUUAUAUAGUGUAAUGUCAUUCUUUGCACUUUUUAAAUAUUCAGUUUAAAAUAAGAAAGCUGAAAUGCAAUUAAAUCUUAGCAAAUACUGUUAUGAUAUUGCAAAAAAAACUGCAAUUUAUUCUUGCCUUAUUGUAAUUGCUUAAACCAUUUGAUAAAUAAAUACUUAGUGCUACAGUGAUAUUUGCUUUGCCAAAUGAUUUAAAACUUAAAUGUAUUACAUUUUCAA